AUGAAUGAUUAUGAGAAGAAUAGGCUUUUGAGGGUUCAAGAAAACCAAGCAAGACUAAAAGAUGUAGUAUUUAAAAGCAUUGCAUAUUCUUUGACAAGUUUGGUAGAAAGUCAAAAAUCAAAGAAAAAACAAGUGAAACCAUCAUAUACCGGUGCUAGAGAUUUAGACUAUAUUCCUGAUUUUGGUGAUAAUAAUGAUGCAGAUUACCACGAAGUUGCUAGAAGUAUUGAAGUAUCCAAAAAGCAAAAUCAUCCACAGUAUAUUGCACCAAUGUCCAUGAACAGAAUUGCUAAUUUAACAAGGCAACGUUGGGUGAUUGUUCCAAAUGUCUCUAAUAAGUAUCCAUUGGUUUCGAAUGUAACAAAAGAAAAACAAUCUAGAGCAAAAACUAGUAUGAGUGAAUUAAUCUUAAGGAAUAAAGGAUCGCAAAGAGGAAGGGAUGUAUUCAAACAAAAUGCAGAAAAGCAUAAUUGUAUCAAAAGCGGAGAAAAGAGACAAUUGGCUCUUAUUGAUGAGGAUGAGGAUGAUGAGAUAUCUCAAGAAGAUGAUGUUCAUCAAAAUGGUAACUAUGAAGACAUGGGCCAUUUGACAUAUGGAAAUAUUGAAAAUGAGAUCGAAGUUGAUGACAACGAUGACGAUUUGGGAAAUGAGGAUGAUGUACUUUUUGAAGAACAAUUAGAAGAGCCCCAAUUAGAAAAGGAAACAGAUGAGCAUGUAUAUCGUGAUACAGAUGAUGAUACGGCAAAUAAAAUUGAACAAAUGAAGAAGUGCGAACAUCUAUAA